ACACUUACCCUUUGUCUCACGUGUGCUGUGCCCAGGUAAAUGUGGAGCCCCCAGGCAUGGCUGUGGUGAAUUUAUGUGCACCUUUUAGUUCAGAUCCUGUGGCUCAGGAUGAAUAUGGGAUGCUGAGAGGGGUUUUUGCUGCAUUCUUUAUCAGCAAGAGAAGAGGGAGGGAACACUUCAGAUGGGACCUGUUACCAUCUCCACUUAUUUAAAUAGCAAAUACUUACAUUUUUGAAUUAAGCUUGAAUCCAAAGUUGUGGAGUCAUCUGUGGGGCAGUUAAUAUUCCAGAGUCUCUUGGUCUCAAUUUAGUUUUUUUCCAUGCCCAUUCAGGUAUUCCUUCCCCUGUAGCAUAUUUUAUAGCACUUUGUCCUACCUUAUUUGCCAUCUGCUUUUGCACAGACCCGUGUCUGUCAGCAUCAUCCCUUCCUGUGCAUGCAUAUGCAGCUCUGCAGGCAGUGAGCCCAGGGAUCCUCACUGUGUUGGCUCCGUAUGAUGAAUGAACCAUUCUCACAGACAUCUGGUGCUAUCCUGGGCAAACUUUCUUCCCUCUCUGCUUCUUUCUCCCCUUCUUUCCAUCCCUCAUCCUCCCUCAUCCCCCACCCCCAUCUGCCGCCUCCUUGCUGGAUCUGCAGCGUGACUGGAAACAGGCUGAAUUAAUCAGCACACUGGUGCUUCACUCUGCUGCUUCUGCCUCAUUCUCUGCAGCGCUGGGCUCUGCACAGUCUUGCUCCCUCUCCCUCUUUGCUCUCUCAUUUUUGGAGAGCAGCAGCAGCAGCAGUGCAAGUUGCUGGGGAAGCAGAGCAGGAAUUUAGCCCAGAUGCUCUUCAAGCAGGCUGAUCUCUGGAUCCCCCACCAAGGCAAAUGUUGCAAAGAUGAGAUGACCUCAAGUUUGGGCCUUACCACAAAGAAAGCUCUCACGAUCCUGAGAGACCAAUUGUCAGCACUGCUGGAGGGGCAUCAGAAGGAACGGAAAAAAGGGACCUCAUGGAAGGAGGUGUGGAGGAGCAGUUUCCUGUACCAUGGUAACCGCUGCUCCUGUUUCCACUGGCCUGGUGCAUCUCUGAUGCUGCUGGCAGUGCUGCUGCUGCUGUGCUGCUAUGGGAGCCAGCCACAGGGGAGCCAAGGUGCUGAGAUAGUCAAUGCACUGGCACUCUUCCUCCUGCUCCUCUUGGAUCUUCUCACGAUCGGGCGUCAGGAGAGGCUGAAGUGCAGAGAGGUGGAGAGGAGGCUUCAGACCAUUGUUGAUAAGAUAAACGAUACACUUGGCAAAGAGGUGAAAUGGCCAGACUCCAUGUACCCUGACCUUCACAUGCCUUAUGCCCCAUCCUGGUCCCUUCACUGGGCCUACAGGGAUGGGCAUCUUGUCAACCUGCCCGUGAGCCUCUUGGUAGAAGGAGAUGUUGUUGCUUUGAGGCCAGGCCAGGAGUCAUUUGCUUCUCUGAGAGGGAUUAAGGAUGAUGAGCACAUAGUUCUGGAGCCUGGAGAUCUAUUUCCACCUUUCUCACCCCCACCUUCCCCAAGAGGAGAAGUGAAGAAGGGACCUCAGAAUCCUCAGCUCUAUCGUCUCUUCCGUGUGUUGAAGACCCCAAUAAUUGACAAUGUCAGGUGGUGCCUGGAAAUGGCUCUGUCACGGCCUGUGACAGCCCUGGAUAAUGAGAGGUUCACUGUGCAGUCAGUGAUGCUGAAAUAUGCUGUCCCUAUUGUGCUGGCUGGAUUCCUGAUCACCAAUGCCGUGCGCUUCAUUUUCCAAGCUCCUGGAAUCGCUUCCUGGCAGUACACUCUUCUUCAGCUGCAGGUGAAUGGUGUCUUACCCAUCCUUCCAUUGCUCUUUCCUGUCCUAUGGAUUCUUGCUACAGCGUUUGGAGAAGCCAGAGUGUUGGCCCAGAUGAGCAAGGCCUCAUCCUCCUCACUGCUUGCUAAGUUUUCAGAGGACACUCUCAGCAGCUACACAGAGAUGGUAUCUUCUCAGGAAAUGAUACGCUGUAUCUGGAGCCACUUCCUCUGUGUUUUAAAAGGCAAAUCCCCAACUCUGAGCUUCACUUCCAGCUUGCUCCACAGUCUGGGAUCUGUCACUGUGCUCUGCUGUGUAGACAAGCAGGGGAUUCUUUCGUGGCCAAACCCCAGCCCAGAGACUGUUCUGUUCUUCAGUGGGAAGGUGGAACCACCUCAUGACAGCCAUGAAGACCUGACUGACGAGCUCUCCACACGAUCCUUCUGCCAUCCUGAGAUGGAAGAUGAGCCCCAUGAAAGAGAUGCUUUGCUCUCUGGCCCACUGGCAGACACAGUGCACAUGGCCAAUGAACAAGAGAGGAACAACUGGUCUGGUGAUGCUCCAAAGGCUCCCGAAGCCUCUGCCCACCGAAAGCCAAACAGCAGAAGCAAACAUCCCUCUGGAUCCAACGUGAGCUUUAGCAAGGACACAGAGGGUGGAGAGGAGGAACAUCCUCAGGCUGUUGGAGACAGCGAGGCGUUGGCUUGUGAGGCUGAAGACUUUGUGUGUGACUACCACCUGGAGAUGCUCAGCCUGUCCCAGGACCAGCAGAACCCCUCCUGCAUCCAGUUUGAUGACUCCAACUGGCACAUGCACCUGAAUUCCCUCAAGCCUCUGGGGCUGAACGUGCUGCUCAACCUGUGCAACGCCGGCGUGACCGAGCGGCUGUGCCGCUUCUCCGACCACCUCUGCAACAUCGCCCUGCAGGAGACUCACAGUGCUGUGCUGCCUGUCCACGUGCCCUGGGGCCUCUGUGAGCUUGCCAGGCUGAUAGGUUUCACACCAGGUGCUAAAGAUCUUUUCAAGCAGGAGAACUAUUUGGCUUUGUACCGUUUGCCAAGCGAUGAGAUGGUUAAAGAAACCAUCCUGGGGAAGCUUUCAUCCAUCACCAAGAGGAGACCCCCCCUGAGCCACAUGAUUAACCUGUUUGUGAAGGACACCACUACCAGCACUGAGCAGAUGUUUUCUCAUGGGACAGCUGACAUCAUCCUUGAGGCCUGUACUGACUUUUGGGAUGGUACUGAUAUCUACCCCCUCUCUGGCUCUGACAGGAAGAAGGUGCUGGAUUUCUACCAGCGAGCCUGCCUGUCAGGAUACUGCUCUGCCUUUGCAUACAAGCCAAUGCACUGUGCCUUGUCCUCCCAGCUCAAUGGCAAGUGCAUAGAGCUGGUGCAGGUGCCGGGGCAGAGCGCGAUCUUCACGUGCUGCGACCUCCCCGGGACCACUCCCAUCAAACAGAGCAGCAGGAGGAAUAGCUGGAGCUCAGAUGAAGGGAUUGGGGAAGUGAUGGAGAAGGAAGAUUGUAUCCAGGCUCUGAGUGGACAGAUCUUCAUGGGAAUGGUCUCAUCUCAGUAUCAGGCCCGCCUUGACAUUGUCCGCCUCAUUGAUGGAUUGGUCAAUGCCUGCAUUCGUUUUGUCUACUUCUCCCUGGAAGAUGAGCUCAAAAGCAAGGUGUUUGCUGAGAAAAUGGGUCUGGAGACUGGCUGGAAUUGCCACAUAUCCUUAACACCCAAUGGUGAUGUGCCUGGCUCAGAGAUUCCCCCCUCCAGCCCCAGCCAUGCUGGCUCCCUGCAUGAUGACCUCCAUCAGGUUUCUCGAGAUGAUGUGGAGGGGCUUCUGCUGAUGGAAGAGGAAGGGCACUCUGAUCUCAUCAGCUUUCAGCCAACAGACAGUGAUAUCCCCAGCUUCCUGGAGGACUGCAACAGGGCCAAACUCCCCCGGGGUAUCCACCAGGUGAGACCUCACCUGCAGAACAUUGACAACGUGCCUUUGUUGGUGCCCCUGUUCACAGACUGCACCCCAGAGACCAUGUGUGAGAUGAUCAAGAUCAUGCAGGAGUAUGGGGAGGUGACCUGCUGUCUGGGAAGCUCUGCCAACCUUCGCAACAGCUGCCUCUUCCUGCAGAGUGAUAUCAGUAUAGCCCUGGACCCUCUCUACCCAUCCCGCUGCUCCUGGGAGACCUUUGGCUAUGCCACCAGCACCACCCUGAGCAAUGGCUCUGAGGAGCUCACCCCCCUGCAGCUCUCAGGGCAGCUCAACAGCCUGCCCUGCUCCAUGUCCUUCCGCCAGGAAGAGAGCACCAGCAUCAUCAGGCUCAUAGAGCAGGCCAGGCAUGCAACCUAUGGGAUCCGCAAGUGUUUCCUCUUCCUGCUGCAGUGCCAGCUGACCUUGGUUGUCAUUCAGUUCCUCUCCUGCCUGGUGCAGCUGCCCCCCAUCCUCAGUACCACAGACAUCGUGUGGCUCUCCUGUUUCUGCUAUCCACUGCUCAGUAUCUCACUCCUGGGCAAGCCUCCCCACAGUUCCAUCAUGACCAUGGCAACAGGAAAAAACUUGACUUCCAUUCCCAAGAAGACUCAGCACUACUUCCUGCUCUGCUUCCUGCUGAAAUUCAGCCUGACCAUCUGCUCCUGCCUCAUCUGCUUCGGGUUCACCCUGCAUGAGUCCUGCAAAGGGGUGAACACCACCAGCCUCAACCUCACAGCCUGCUCCUCCAUCAUGCUGCACAGCAAUGCUUAUGGUGCUCCUGACUGGUUUGGGACAUUCUCCAAUGCUCUCCUGGUAGCCCAGAAGCUCACAGCUGGCCUGAUUGUUUUACACACAGUGUUCAUAUCCAUCACCCACGUCCAUCGCACCAAGCCCCUGUGGAAGAAGAGCCCCCUCUCCAACCGCUGGUGGACGCUCACUGUGGCUGUUGUAGUGCUGGGGCAAGUGGCACAGACUGUGCUGGACCUGAAACUCUGGGAAAACCUCAACUCUUCUUUGACCUUUAACCACGUCUCCAUCUCUCCAGUCUCAUGGCUCCUGGGUUUUCUUUCCUUGGUCCUUGUGGUUAUCAUCAAUGAGAUUGUCAAGCUGCAUGAAAUCAGGGUCCGUGUUCGUUACCAAAAGAGGCAGAAGUUGCAGUUUGAAACCAAGCUGGGGAUGAAUUCACCAUUUUAAAAGCACCCAACUCAAGUUCCCUGGAGCCAGGGCCAAACAGCCACUGGGAGAGUGGCUGCACCAAAGGCCCAGGGAGUUUUCCAUCACACAUGCAAACCAGACAGCCUCCUGGCAAAACUACACCUGCACCUUCCCAGGGCCCCAGGCAGGGAUCCCCCCACAGGUAUGCAGUCCCUUCCCAGCCUGCCAGGUACCCUCACAGGAACCUGCAAGCUCUGGUGCCUGUUCAGGCUGCUCUUCCUUUAUUUAUUUAUUACAAGAGGUAUUUGUUGGUAUCAUGGUAAUGCUAAAAUGAAGUGGCUCCUUUCCUCUUUGUGAGCAGAUGGGUUUCCUGGGCCUGGCAGGAGAGUCUGGGGCCAGCAGGGCUGCUGAAGCAGGAGAUCUCUGUUGAAACCCAUUUUGGUUUUCCAUCUCUGCCUGCUCUGUGUGUGUGUGUGUGCCUGUGCAUGCCCUCCCUGCCUCCCUGCCCUGUGUCCCAAGGCAAAGGAGCCAUCCCUCUUGCAGUCCCAACAGUGCUGGCAGCUCACAUUCCCAAGGGGACAGUGGGAAGGGUCUCUGGAGAGCCAGGGUGGGCCAGCCCUGCCUUCCAGUGGUGUUGUCACAGCUGUGUUCUGGCUGUGUCAGAAGAGGGAUGUGACAGGGCUUUGGGAAAAGCUGCCUGUGAUCCUCUGGUCUGGUGCAGAGGGAGGGCAGCUCUGCCUGCUUGCAGGGAGCCAGCAUGGUUCAGCUUCCUGCAGCCCUGUUGAACCAGCUUUUGUCUUCUUUAACAACCCCCAGAGAGGUUUUAUAGCUGUUCUCCUGUUUGUGAUCUGAACUGCUGUUCUGCUUCAGUAAUAGGCCUGCUUGAGAAAGCCACAGAGAUAAAGCCUGAGCCCUGACUAUCCCACCCUAGAGGAAGGGAUGUCUUUCCAGGCAGGAUAUCUGCAAGUUGCAGUUGUGACUAAUACAGAGCUGGUGAAUGGCUCCUUUCCCAAUCCCAGGAUUGUGCUGCAUCCAGUUCUUGCUCCCCAAGGCAUAGGGAACCCUGCUCAAUCAUGUCUGUCUGUGAUAGUGCUGGGAAGUGUCUCCCCUCUGUGUUAAUGCCUUCACACACAACCACAGAAUGGUUUGGGUUGGAAGGGGCCUUAAAG